AUGGCGAACCUUGCACUGAUCAAGAUACUGGGUUGGAGUGCUCUUACAGUAAGUUCCUUUUCUAAGGAAUGCAGUCUUCCUUUUGUCAAUGUCCAUUAAAAACUUGAAAAGAGUUGUUAUAGUACAGUACGACAUUUUUGUGUUUUUGGGUCAUGUUUUGAGUUGAAUCGAAAAUUUUAUAUUCUGUGUGCUAACGCUUUGUUACUUAUUGCUAUAGAAUUACAUGUUUGGGAUAUAACAUACAAAGAAGAUCUAAACAAUAAUGUACUUCAAUAUCUUUUUCCGUACCGGUUUAAACUAAAAUUUUUAUAAAAUAUUUAUUAACUAUGGCUAAAAAAUGUAGGCUGUCUUUUGAGACACAUUUUGUAACACUGUAACGAAAUCUGUAGCUCUUCUUUACUAAAAAUGGUCUUUUUUAAUUGCUGCAAAAAGACAGAAAAUAUUGUGAGUAAUAUAGCGUUUAUCGGAAAAUUUUUGCAAAUUAGCUUAUAAAAACAAGGUUCAUUAUCUUAUCCUUCUUCGGCUUCUAAAAGGUUUCAAAUUAAUUUGAAUAAUUUUUGUAAUUUUACGCGUCCCAGCGCGGAGUGCCUGAUUAAUCAAGAGAAAUGCGCGUUGGCCGAAAAAAGUUUUACUCGCUUUUUUCCGCACUCUUCAUCGGAUUUACACAAUCUUUAAAGUGAAAAAGUUGUCUGUCUGUGGUAUAUUUGCCUCAAAAGUCUCUCUGGUCUUCAGAUGUCUAAUUAUUACAAAUUCGAGGAUGGGGUAAGUCUGUCUGGUUUUAUUCUUGGGCAUUUUAUGCGGUCGUUUUGGGUAACAUCGAUUAUUGAAGUGUCUUUGCUUGAAAAGGUAUAUUAUAUUGAAGUUGGCUUGAGAUUGGAGGGUUUUAUUAUAGUCAAAACAUUGAUUUUUGAAUGUGAAGAUUGCUCUUUCUUGGACUAUAUGCGGUUCUCAUGUGUAAAAUCGAACUGAUACCUUUUUGGUUUACGAUGUCUGCGUCAGUAAAGCUCUGUCUAGUUGAAAGCGUUUAUUAGGUUACGAAGCUUGUGUUUAAUAUCUUAUAUUACAUUUCUUGUUAAAGUUUUGUCAAGGUGCGCAGGUAUCUCUCUUUUUAGCUUUUGCAAAUAUUUUUUAUUUAUGACUGAUAAAACUUUGUUUUACGACGGCUAAUAUUACUGUUAAAUUUUUAAGGUUUAUAAAAAAUUAAUUUUAGAACUUGAGUAUGACUGAAGAAAAGCCCUCUGUCGUCGAAAAUGACGAGCCGGAGCAAUUCCGCAAACUAUUUAUUGGAGGUUUGUCAUUAAGUACAACAGAUGAAGGACUUCGUGAGUUUUAUGGUCAGUUUGGUAACAUCGUGGACUGUGUUGUUAUGAGGGAUUCAGCGACAAAGAAGAGCCGAGGAUUUGGAUUUGUUUCUUACAAUGCCAAAGCUGAGGUAAGUUUUUUUUUGUAAUUUUUUGAUUGGUUUAGGUAUUAAACGAAAGAGAUGGUUGAAGACUUCAAGGAUGUUUUUCAAUAAAUUUUUGUCGUUUUAGGUUGAUAAAUGUAUGGCCGCCCGGCCCCACACAAUCGAUGGUAAACAAGUGGACCCAAAACGUGCCGUCCCCCGUGAACUUUCGUCUCGUGGUGAAGCCAACGUCUCUACGAACCGAUUAUACGUUAGUGGAGUACGUGAAGAGCACACCCAAGAGGCAUUCCAAACUCACUUCUCGGACUAUGGUACAGUGACCAAGGUGGAAAUCAUCACCGACAAACAGACUAACAAACCACGAGGAUUUGGCUUCAUAACAUUCGACGACUACGAUGCGGUCGAUAAGUGUGUGUUGAAGAAGUCGCACAUGAUCUGCGGGUUCAGAUGUGACGUGAAGAAGGCAUUGAGUCGGGAUGAGAUGGCACGAGCACAACAAUCUGAAAGAGAUCGUAUGGAACGUGGGUCGAGAGCUGGAGGACGUGGACCACCGGGUCGAGGACCUCCAGGCGGAGGUUGGGGACCACCAAGAGGACAAGGUGGACCAGCUGGCAACUUUAGAGAACCACAUGGCAGCGGUGGUUAUGGUGCUCCAUGGGGCAACCAAGGCGGCGGUGGUGGUGGCUGGGGACAGCAGGGAGGUAAGGAUUCGAAAUUAAUUGUUUUUGGAUUAUUACUUAUUGCUUAUCGAAUAUAACCGUAUAAUAUUUAAUUAACCUUACUUUUAUCACAGUUUUAUCAAAUAUAUGGUAUUUUAAUAGUUGAAAUAAGAUAUGUUUUUCAAAUUUAUUAUUAUAAAUACUAGUUUUACUUUUUCAGGAUACGGUGGCGGAGGCUACGGCGGUGGCGGCUACGGUGGUGCACCACAAGCCCAAGGCAGCUGGGGCAACGAAUCCUGGGGAGCCGGUCAAAGCGCAGCAGCCGGCGGCGCAUGGAGCGGCGGCCAUGGUAGCUAUGGUGGUGGCGGUGGCUACACUGGUGGAUGGAGUUCCGGCGGACCCCCAGGCCGAGGUGGACCACAAGACCGAGGCUAUUAA